AGUCGACUUUGACUUCAGCGAAGAAAGGACGUAUAUAUAUAAUUUUGUUUAACAAAUAUGUUAUGUGUUGUGAUUUUGCAUUAGGUAUAAUAGUAUGUUACUUGCGUAAUGUUGUGAAUCGAUUUGUGUGUGGUAACUUGUCAUUGAAAUUUAUGUGGUUAUUUAGAAUCCAUCAUGGACGUCUAAACACCAAAGAUCUUUGUGAAUUAGUAAAAUGACUGAACACGCGAGGCAGCGGGUGCCUCCAUUUAUGAAGCAGCUGAUGGCAGUCAGCGGGGUGAUGCUGUACAUGGUCGGUACUGGCGCCAACAUUGCAUACCCAGGUGUUCUUCUGCAGCAGCUGCGUCAGCCUGACUCAGUGCUCAAACUCAACGAGGAACAUGAAUCAUGGAUUGCGUCAAUUCUGGGCCUGGCGCUAAUUGUGGGCAUCCUUGUGGCUCCCUUCAGCCUUCAGAAGCUUGGAAGACGGCUGACCAACCAGCUCAGCACGUUACCAACUAUGGGGGGCUGGGCUUUGAUGGUCGCUGCCCGAGGCCCUACCGCUUUGCUCAUCAGCAGGACUCUUCAGGGCUUUGGAAUGGGCCUCCAAGCAGCCGCCGCGCCUGUCUCCAUAGCCGAGUACUCAGCCCCAAAGCACAGAGGAGCCUUUCUCGCGACCAUCGCUUUCUCCUUCGCCCUGGGGAUGCUCGUCGCCCACACCCUUGGCACCCUCUUGUUCUGGAGGUCUGCCGGCAUCGCCAUCGGUAGCUUCUACGUCAUGUCUUUAAUACUCAUCACGCUGAGCCCAGAAACCCCACCCUACUUAGCCUCAGUCGGCAAAUUCGACGAAUGCCGCAAAGCGUUCCGCUGGUUCCGAGGAUACAACCCGGCCUCGGAGAAAGAACUAGAAAUCCUCCUCAACAGCCAGAAACAACAGAAGAACGAAAUCAAAGUCACCAGAUAUAGACACUACAGGACUGUGAUAUUAAAACCGGAGUUCUACAAACCAACUUUGAUCAUGAUGUUCAUGUUUGUACUGUUCCAGGUAUCUGGUAUGACUGUCGUACCUUCCUACACUGUGCCUAUGAUGAAGGAAGUUACUGGUGGCGCUAUUGAAGAUUACACCAGCAUGCUAAUGGUAGAUAUACUUCGAUUCGCAACGGCAGUAUUAUCCUGUUUCGUUGUAAAUAGAUUAAACAGAAGGACAGUACUUUUCUCGGGUGUUAUAAUGACUAUUGUGUCAUUACUCUUAACAGCAUUACUUUUGUACUUGCGUGAUUUAGAUUACAUACCGGAGGAGUACAAAUGGAUACCUGUGAUACCCACUUUAGCAUACAUCUUUGGUAAAACUUUAGGAAUUCUCCCAAUUCCAUGGACUAUUGCUGGAGAAGUGUUUCCUUUGGCGUACAGAAGCUUGGGCAGUGGAGUUACGGGAUUGAUUCUGUCGCUUAUGUUCUUCGUUGUAGUAAAAACUGCGCCAACUUCAUUCAGAGAAAUAGGUAUAAACGGUACUUUUUGUGUUUAUGCAUUUUGCACUGGUGUUUGUGGUAGUUUUUUAUACUUUCUCCUUCCCGAAACUAAAGGCAAGACGUUGUAUGAAAUUGAAUGUCAUUUUAAGGGAAUAGAAUGUGAGAUGACAAAGGUUGAUGGAACUGAAAGUGAUAAGAUGUUGGAACUUGUCAAAGUGGAAGUUGACAAGGACGAUGGCGAAUGAAAGGACCCGCUGGAACACUUGGAACGUACUGCAGGCUCUCCUAUAGCGAGCCGAGGGACUCCGACAGAAGUAACUAGUAGAUCAAAUGACAAUAUGUGUAUCUAUAUCGGAAUAAAGUGAGUCAAGAAAUAAUAUCCAU